CUCUCAGAUUUCAAGUAGCUGAAGAGAGAGUAAUACGGUAAGAGCCAAGAUGCCUGCCAGGUCACUAAUCAUAGCCCUCUCCUUUCUCCUUUGGUUUUCCUUCACCACCUUCAACCCACUAUCGCUAGCCUCAGCCUCUUCUGAAGAAGAACCAGUGAACGACGUUAAUGGAGAACCUAUCGUCCCUGGUCAAGAAUACUACAUAAUGUCAGCCGUCUGGGGAGCUGAUGCCGGAGGCGGGGUUAAACCAGGAAGAGCCGGAGAUGCUUCCUCUUGUGCCUAUUCUGUUCUGCAAGAAAGUUCAGAGAAGAACAAGGGUGCUGCAGUGAAAUUCCAUGUUCAGGGGACAAGCAAGGACAAGAUAUAUCCAGGUUCUACUGCUCUAGCGAUCGAGUUCGUGGAGAAGCCAGACUGUGCAGAAUCAUCCAAGUGGGUGGUCGCUUAUGAUGGAUCUGGAUCGUCUUCCUCGAGGCUGGUUAUUGGUGGGGCUGAAGAUCAUCCAGAUUCGGAGUUGGUGAGUGGGGUUUUCAGGAUCGAGGUGUUCAACGCAAUCGCAUACAAGCUUGUGUUUUGUAGCAAGAGCAAUGUCUUUAGUUCUUCUUCUGGGGCUUGUUAUGACGUUGGGGUUGAUUAUAAGGCGGAGGGAAGCAGGAAUCUGGUUGUGGAGAAGCAAAGCAGUGGAAAUGUGUUCAUGGUCGCGUUCGUGAAAGCUGAUUCUGACAAAGGAAAGUUCAGUAUUAUAUGAAUCGAGUUGGCUGGCUGCUGUUGCUUAUAUUUUCUCUCCGGCGGGUUCUCAGAAUUUCAGCUAAUGUAGGAGGGAUUUAAUGGUGUUAUUGUAGGUUGUCGCUCUUAAAUAAAUUGGCACCCUUAGGCUUUAAUUCAGUUUUUCAACUCUUCUGUGUUUCCUGUUUUUAACUCUCCAAGGAAUGGAUGAAUAUGAAUCUGCAGAAGCAAGGAUCUUGACUAGUA